CAAAAAGUCACAAGAUGGGUUGGAUACAUUUAAAAGUACCAUUACAUAUAUUGAUCAAAAUAUAUGUUAGGCUUUUUUUUAGUGCAGAAGGUCUGCCAAGAGGAUUUGUUCCAAGAAUCUGCUUUAGGAAUUGAACAAAUGAGUCACAUGAAUACAAACCUUCACAGCCAGACUGUAGAUCUAGCUGUGUUAGGGAAUGUCUGUUUGAGCCAUCUUUCAAAAAGAAGGAAUUUGUUUCUGUAUACAACUAUGACGGGAAAAAAAAUGAAAUAGUGUGUUUGGUGUUAAGAAGGACACGCUGGGAUGUGAUUUGCAAAUGCUGUUACACUUGUAUGUAAGAACUAAAAUGGUAUAUUUCUACAACACACACGUUUAACAGGACUGCCCAACUGCAUGUUGUGGAAAGCAACAGGAGAAACCAAAGAUGGUUUAGGUCAAUAUUUCAUUGACCCUUAAACCAAUUCUGAGGUUGUAUUUUAUUUAUUGUCAUUAGGUUGCUGUGUGUCUGAAGUUCCGCAUUAAAAAAAAUACUUUUUUUACCUGCACAUGCUAGCAAAUGGUUUUGGACUCAAAAGAAGAGUUUAAACACACAAUGUCAGAUCAAGAUGAACUUUUGAUUUAAUUCAGAGAUAAAAGGACUUUUGAUUUAAGUUCGAGGUUUAAAGUACCAGUCUUCGAUUCUGGCAGUCAGAUGACAUCCUACAAUAGCACCUGUGACGUUCUGACUAUAUCGUUGGGCUGUUUAAUUAAGUACUAAAUCAUGGUGUGCAUGCUUCAAAUGUAUCAAAAGAGGAGUGGCAGCAGCUGAUACAGCUGUGGUUUAUUUGCCCCUCCAGUCUACAUAUCCAAGGGCUUUGCAAGGAGUGUCAAGCAGUAAACCAAUGUGACAGGAAAACAGAUUAUCGAUGUAUUUAUGGCAAUACUUGAAAGAUAAGAUCAUUUAACAUGCUUCCUGACUGCAACACAUGAUCAUUCAAACAGACUGAACACACCUGGUCAGUGUUGAAAUAAACAAGACAUGAUGUAGUAUGACUUUUAUAGGCAAGCUCUGCAUGUAUAAGAACAAUAGUUUGACUAAAGCGGAUAGAGGCGAGACUACCCUUUAAGGACAUAAGGGAACACGGAUUUACUGGUAACAUUUUUCACAUUUUCACAGGCGGAAAAGAGUCAUUCACCAUCUGUAAAGUCUUUUACAUAUUUAAAUACCUCGCAUCUGCUUUUAAAGUUGACUGCGACUGCCAAGACUUCAGUGGAGUCAUUUCAAAAGAUCAAAACAGGGAAAAUGGAAUUUUAAAAAAUGGUAAAAUGUAGAACUGCAUUACUACUUCAGCCCAUACUCUUGUUAGUGUAAAGUGUAAUGGAGGUAGGAUGAGAAAAUGACAGAACUAAACACUGGGUUGAAGAAAAAAAAAAAAAAGAAGACCCCCAGGAACCACUGGUACGCGGCUGCCAUGAAGACAUUCAUACAUUAUGCACAUAGUGUGACUCACGAAGACUGAGGGAAGGGAGGGGAAGAGAGGGGAGAUAGUGAGAGGGGGUGUGUGAAAGAAGGAGCAAUGACGAGCUCUUUCGAGGCUGGAGAGCCAGAAGGAAAGAGAAAGGCAGAAGCCACAUCAUCUGAAAGUUCUAAAGUUGUGAUCAUGGGAGGUGAUGCAUAGCCGGACAUUUUGGACAUAAAACCAAUCACCCAUCAUGGACAUGGACAGAAUUGUCUCAUGUUCCGACAUGGGAGGGCUACAAAUAUAAUGGUGUUUUUUUUUCUUUUGGAAGAGAACUUCAAGAGAUGAAACAUCUCUGAGCAACUCAUUCAGGAGAGGUGGAAACAAUGGAUAGUGGAUAAUCUGUCAGGGAAAACGAAGGAACAUGAGGACUCCAGCUGGUGUUUCUCUGUGGAAAUACUUCAUGUCUAUGGAUUAACAAUAUGGGAGACAUUUCCACGAUCAUCCAGAGGUUGUCUGUAUUUUUCUUUUUUUUUAACAGUUGUAUAUUUCCUUAAGGUAUGGGGCAUCCAGCGCACUGCCCCUGAGCUUUUUAGCCUCCCUGCCUGCGCCUCUCAGCGGCUACUAGUGACAAUGCUGACCGAGCCUGCAAAACCACAGAGAUCAGAGCCGAGACCCAAAACAAGGCCCACUGGAACCUUCACGGCACAAUGUCCCAGUCAGAUGUGGCUCCCCUGGAGGCUGACAGCUCGCUAUCAGAAACCUCUGGGGUUCCGUUAAAGUGGGCUGCUCUGCUUUUUGUUAUGGUCAUCGUUCCCACCAUUGGUGGAAACAUCUUGGUCAUCCUCGCUGUGUCACUUGAGAAGAAGCUGCAGAAUGCCACCAACUACUUCCUGAUGUCACUUGCUGUGGCCGAUUUAUUGGUGGGACUCCUGGUGAUGCCAAUUGCCCUGGUCACUGUCCUCUACAAUUCUGGUUGGCCCCUUCCUGACUUCAUCUGCCCUAUUUGGCUCUUCCUGGAUGUGCUGUUUUCAACUGCAUCCAUCAUGCACCUGUGUGCCAUCUCACUGGAUCGCUACAUUGCCAUCAAGAAGCCAAUACAGCACAGCCAGUACAAAUCCAGAGCCAAGGCCAUGGUCAAGAUAGCACUGGUGUGGCUUAUAUCCAUUUGUAUAGCGAUCCCUAUUCCAAUCAAGGGGCUCCAGAACUACCAACCCAGAAACAACAUCACCUUCAACAGUAACCACACAUGCCAGCUUAAAACGGACACCUUCCGGGAAUUCAUCAUGUUUGGCUCCAUGGCAGCAUUCUUUGUUCCGCUGAUCAUAAUGAUGGUCAUCUACCUUCUUACUGUCCAUGUGCUGCGCAAAAAGGUCUAUUUACUCAGGUCAAAGGUGAUUCAGCGCUUCAGCUACCCAGCGGUGUCCACAGUAUUCCAAAGGGACCAUGCUAGGACCGCAAAUCAAGUUGACCAGUUUCAUGUGCUGGACAGGCUUUCCAAGAUGCAAGAAAACCCCAAUGUAGGCACCGCAAAGCUUCCUCCCAUCGGUGAAAUUCCCUUCCGCAGAAUGUCCACCAUGGGGAAGAAGUCAAUGCAGACUCUAAGCAACGAGCAGCGUGCCUCAAAGGUGCUGGGCAUAGUCUUCCUCCUCUUUGUGGUCAUGUGGUGUCCGUUCUUCAUCACUAAUGUCACCUCUGUGCUGUGUACCAGCUGUGAUGUCAACAUCAUCUCCCGGCUGAUGGAGAUCUUUGUGUGGGUGGGCUACAUAUCAUCGGGUAUCAACCCUCUUGUUUACACACUCUUCAACAAGACGUUUAGGGAGGCUUUCACACGCUACAUCACCUGUAAUUAUAAGACCUGCGCACGUCAUCAGCCGGACAGAAAUCUAAAGGCCUCAAACGUCGCUCGGACUCUUACGAGAAUUUCAUUCAGAUCUUCCAUGGCCGAAAACUCCAAACUGUUCAUGAAGAGGGGCAUGAGGAACGGCAUUGGGGCAGUGGGCCCCCAAAGUCCACCGAGAUGCCGGUCAUCUGCCCAUUCAUGUAGCGGUGUCAUGUUAGACACAAUGCACUUUGUGGACAGCUACGAUGCCAAGCAGGAAGAACAUGUGAGCCGCCUAUGAAGCUACAACAAUCCAAUUGACCUGAGAGCAUCAGGACAUGGCUGGGAUCUUGCUGAACACCUAGUUUUUCAAAUUCAAAACAGGAUGUUUGCACCACCACCAACUUCAAAAGCUGUUGGAUUGCGUUGGACUGGCAUUUUGUAAUGUACUUUCCUUGAAAUAAGACCUGGCUACGGGGGUUGACCCCACAAUUGUACAAUGUUACAGGACAAAAAAAAAAAA